AUGGCAGAAAAUCCGGAAGGACAGAAUGACAACAACAACAACAAGACCCUUCGAGACAUGAUGUUUCCAAGCAACCUGAAUCUCAGGCCGUCAGCCAUAGUACUACCGGAGAUCACUGGAAAUUGGGAGCUGAAGCAUACUCUUAUCCAGAUUUUGCCCAAGUACAGAGCGAGGGAGUGGUUGUAUGAUUUGCCAGAAGGAAGCAUUCGGACCUGGCAGGAGUUACAGAGCAAGUUUUUGGAAAGAUACUUCCCUGCCGCCCGAAUCCAGAAUUUGAGGACUCGAAUAAGUAACAUCAAAAUGGGGACGGGAGAAAUCCUCUAUGAAUACUGGGGAAGGUUCAAGCAGAUGUUGGCCAAAUGCCCACAACACCAAAUACCGGAUCAUGAUCUUAUUCGGUAUUUCGUGGGAGGACUCCGAAGGCAAGAUAGGCAAUGGUUACACGCUGCAUGUGGAGGAUCGAUUUUAAACAAAUCUGCAGCGGAAGCUUUCAAGCUCAUAGCUGACAUGGCAGAUGAAUCAAGAGAUGAAGAAGGGACUAUAGUCAGAACUACUCCGGUGCCGAAUCCUUCUGCCCAAGACGACAAGUUGGACAAACUGUGCAACAUGUUUGAGAAAUUCAUGACGAACCAAGGAACACCCAAUCAAGGGAUUCCCAACAUUCGGAAGCCUGUGAAGGCAUGCCAGCUUUGCAUGGCGAAUUCACAUGCAACCGAUGAAUGCCCACAACUUUUCGAAGAUGAAGAGCUUAAUGCUAUUGGGCAACAGCCAGGAGGAAACAACGGAGGGCAGAACCAGAAACCUUUUGAGCCCUACAGGCAGCAGUACAACAAUCAAAGAUGGAGGCAACAUGAGAACCUUAGGUACGGCAACAACAAUUAUUUGGGGCCAAACCAAGGGCAGACGAGUAACCCACCACAAUACUCGCAACAACCGCAACAGGCAAGAGGAUCUUCCCUAUCAGAGCUCGUGCAUCAAAUGGCCCAACAACAAGUGAAGUUCCAGCAAGAGACCGAAAAGUUCAUAAUGGAGACUAGAGGAGGAAUGCAGAAUGUGAACUCCCAACUAUCACAUCUUGCCCAAGCAGUCGCCAGACUUGAAAGCAAACAAGGGGCACUUCCAUCCCAAGUGGAGGUGAAGAAGGUGAAUGCCAUGACACUCAGAGAAGGGAAGGAGUUACCAGAGGUUGAUAAGGAGAAAAAUAAAGAAAAGCCGGAGAUCAACGAGCAAGUCGGAAUGGGAUCAGCAGAUGAGGAGGAAUUUGCUCGAGAGAAAGAGACAAAGAGAAAGGCGACCGGGAAGGGUAAAGAGAAAUCAAGCCAGAAUGAGCCCAUAAUCCCCUUCCCAGGCAGAAUGGCCAAGGAACAAGAGAAGGAAGAAUUAACCGAACUGGUUAAAAUCUUCAAGAAGGUGGAGGUCAAUAUGCCCCUUUUGGUCGCGCUACGCUCUAUGCCCAGAUGUGCAAAAUUUCUCAAAGAACUCUGCACUCGGAAGGUCAAAUACACGGAUGAUGCGAAAUUUCAAGUGGGCGAGUCUGUAUCCGCGGUCUUACAACGAGAUAUGCCAAUAAAGUGUGGAGAUCCUGGCAUGUUCUACAUUCCAUGUGUAAUAGGAACCAUGAAGGUGGAAAAGGCAAUGCUUGAUUUAGGGGCAUCCAUCAACGUUAUGCCCUUAUCCAUGUACCAGGACCUGGAGAUAGGACCGCUGAAGCCCACCCGAGUGGUGAUCCAACUGGCAGAUCGAUCAAAUGUCUACCCAGAGGGAAUACUGGAAGACGUUUUGGUCAAAGUGGAGGAACUUAUCUUUCCAGCGGAUUUUUACAUUCUCGACAUGGGGAAGUCAAAAGCACGAGAUCCGGUCAUGCUUUUGGGCAGACCGUUUCUAAAGACUGCCAGGACUCGCAUUGAUUGUCAUACGGGUAAGCUAACAUGUCAGUUUGAAGGGGAAACGGUGACCUUCGACAUAUACAAUGCCAUGAAACAUCCAGCCGAUACAGAGAUGGUGAAAAGUGUCGACAUGAUCGAGAAGGUUGUUGAGGAGGUUUUGCCCAGAACAGCAUUCAAGGAGCCAUAUGACAUUAUAAUCCAGAAUGGCAUAACCGAGGAGGACUUGCAAGAGGAGCAAUUGCAAGAGGCGGUGAAGGUACUUAAUGCAUGGAGCGAAGGGGUCAACUACACGGAGGCUCUGAAAAUCCCUACCUUGAAGGAGGAAGACCGACUGGUGCCUUCCAUCCAAAGGGCACCCAAGCUCGAGCUGAAGUCUUUGCCCAAACACCUCAAGUAUAUCUUCUUGGGCGAGGAUGACACUUUGCCCGUAAUUAUCAACUCAUAA